AUGUUUUUUCAAUCAGAAAAAAGAGAGAGAACAGAGAAGGAAAAGCGAGACCUGUCCGGAACGAAAAGGCGAUGCGGCAAAGCGAAUAUCCCGGAGGAUAAACCCGGGAGCCCGAGCGGCACCCUGGAAUAUUCCCGCUCCGGCAUCACAUUCAACUCCGGCGUCUACCCGUCCGUCCAUAUAAACUCCUUUCCCCGUCCGUUGCAACUCGCCAGCCACCCAGCCACCCAGCCAGCCAUUGAGCCCCUCUCCUCUCCUCUCCUCGCCGAAUCCAGCCCGGCGUUCGCUGUCCGACAUCCCCACCAAUUCGGCGCGCCGCACGUGCGUACGUAUAACACAUCGGUCGCCCGAUCAAUGGCUCUGCUCAAGGCCGCGCGCGUCGCCGACGUCCCCACCCUCGACGUCGUCGUGCCGGACCACCUCGCCGCCGCCGCCGCGCGGGUCCUCGACGCGGAGGCGGCGUCGAUGGUGAAGAAGCAGCGGGGCGCGGGCCGGCGGUUCGCGGUGAUCGGGCACCGCGGCAAGGGGAUGAACGCGCUGGCGUCGCCGGACCGGCGGAUGCAGGAGGUGAAGGAGAACUCGGUCCGGUCGUUCAACGAGGCGGCGCGCUUCGCCGUCGACUACGUCGAGUUCGACGUCCAGGUCACCAAGGACGUCUGCCCAGUCAUCUUCCAUGACAACUUCAUCAUUACUGAAGAACAUGGCAAAAUUUCAGAGAAGCGUGUCACUGAUCUUCAGUUGGAAGAUUUCCUCCAGUAUGGCCCACAAAACAAGCAAGGCAAGAAUGGGAAGCCUUUGCUGCGGAAAAUGAAGGACGGUCGGGUGUUGAAUUGGAACGUCCAGUCAGAUGAUCCUCUUUGCACCCUUCAAGAAGCAUUCGAGAAGGUCAAUCCAAGAUUGGGCUUCAAUGUCGAGCUGAAAUUCGAUGACAAUCUUGUGUACCAAGAUGAGGAGCUUACUCACAUCCUCCAGGCCAUCCUCAAGGUGGUCUUCGAGUGUGCCAAGGAUAGGCCCAUCAUUUUUUCUAGCUUCCAGCCCGAUGCUGCGCAGCUCAUGCGAAAACUGCAGAGCACAUACCCUGUGUACUUCUUAACGAACGGAGGGACGGAAAUCUACGCCGACGUGAGGAGGAACUCGUUGGAAGAGGCGGUCAAGCUGUGCCUUGCCAGCGGCAUGCAAGGGAUCGUGUCCGAGGCCCGCGCCGUCUUCAGGUUCCCGACCGCUAUACCCAAGAUCAAGGAGGCUGACCUCUCCCUACUAACUUACGGCACUCUCAAUAACGUGCCGGAGGCGGUGUACAUGCAGCACCUGAUGGGGGUGAACGGGGUCAUCGUCGACCUCGUGCCGGAGAUCACUGGGGCUGUCUCUGAUCUCAUCGCCCUCCCGGAGACCGAUACAGAGAUCAAUGAUCUGAGCGGCAAGGUGGUGAAAGAUGCCGCAUCGACGCCGAAUUUCACACAGCGGGAGAUCUCGUUCCUGCUGAGGCUGAUGCCAGAGCUUGUGCAAUAG